ACUUAAUUCAAGUCGAUACGCUUGUAACGCAGAGUAUAUAGUUAUUUGGUACAUUGGUAACGGUAUUUCUCUGGCAUUUGUUUCUCAACGAACUGACCAAUUUGUUUUUGUUGUUUUGUGUGUGAGACACGUCGAAGUUGUUUUUGUUUUCGAAAGCAGUAUGGGUCGAAAGAAAACAAAUACCGUGUAUCGCUACUUUGAAUUACACGAAGAUGGGACGUCUACGUGUACAAUGCCUGAAUGCGGAAAAACUUUCAAGACGCACCACGGCGCGAAUUUGCUGAAACAUUUAAAACGUAUUCACGAAGAGGAAUACACAAAAGUCGUGGAUCUUAAUAGAAGCCAAGAAGAGAACACUGCCAUUGAGCUCCAAAAUUGUACAAAUUCUGAAAUAGUACUAAGAGAAUGCACCAACUUAGUGGUAGUUCACGGGCGUCCUUUUUCAUUGAUGAAUGACACGGCUUUUCAAAAUUUAAUAUCAUUGAUACCAAAUAGUGAAGCGACAGUCAAUGCACAAGCUAUAAAAGACAAUGUAAAAUUAACAGCAUCAAACAUUAGAGAUGAGCUUGUCAACGCAUUGCAAGGUAAAAUUUUAUCCUUAAAGAUUGAUAUUAUAUUUCAUGCAACCAGAAGUUUUAUGGGUAUUAACUGCCAAUAUAUAGAAGAUGGUCAUAUCAUUUUACAAAAUCUAGGAAUUAUCGAAAUUUUUCAACGUUACAGCUCGGAGUACCUAAAGGAAUUACUGAUUAAUAAUCUUCAUAGAAUUGGCAUAGAUACUGAACAUAAUAAACAAAUUUACAACAUAACAAUAGAUAACGGGACCAAUAUGAUUCAAAUCGUAGACGAAUCUGGCUUGAACAACGACGAUGCAUCUGGUGAUAUACCGACUGAUUCACAUUUAUGCAACACCUGUGAGUCUGAUUUAGAUAUGGAGUACAAUAUUGAGUUGGAAGGGACUGAAAAUAUUAUUGAUGAGUUAUCAGACGUACUAAGAGUGCGAUUUCAAAAUCACGUGGAAAAGCCUGAAAGGGGUGUUGAAUUUGUUAGAUGCGCAGUACACAUACUUCAAUUAGCGAUACAAGAUGCCGUUAACGACGCAGCUAUUGGUAACAUGAUUUGCAGUUGUAAAGAGGUUGUGCGACGUCUAAGGACACCACAAUUUGUCAGACUUAUAAAAGAAAACGAAAAAAAAUUACCAAAAUUGAAUUUCGGCACCAGUUGGCUCUCAAAAGUCUACAUGUUGAAGAGUUUAUUGUCACUGAAAGAAAUAUGUGCAAUGGAUGCCCGCUUACAUCUACCUGAUUCAAUUUGGGACGGCGUAGAAGAUUUUUUAAAGUCUAUAACACCUGUAAAAUAUUUAACAAAAAAACUGCAAGAUGAACUAUUGACAGUUGGCGAUUUCUAUAUUGAAUGGAUGAUGUGUAUAUUUAAGCUUACCAAAAUUAAUACAAUAAUGUCUUCAAAUUUAAUAGCUAAAAUGAAAGAAAGGGAAAAAACAUUGUUUGAAAAUGAUGUAUUUUUAAAUGCAAUAUUUUUGGAUCCACGGGUAAACUCAAUUUUGACAUUGGAUCAACAGAAACAAGCAAAAGAAAAUUUAACUAAUCUUUACAUUCGAUAUUUCCUUAAAGGAUAUUUCGGACAUGAAUAUAAACAAGAUGUAACAAAUACCUUAAUUCCGACCAUAGACAAAAAAUACGAAAUAUCUGAAGCCAGAGGCGAACUAGAUUAUUUUUUGAAUAAGAACUAUAUUAAUCGUCACGUCGAAAUGAUGAAACAACGAAGUGACACAUAUGCCGAUAUGUUAGACAACUUGCAGCAAUCCAUGACUUUAUUUUUAGCAGAACCAUUACUCAAAUCUACAGAAAAUGUGUUAUCGUACUGGGAAAAAGCUCGCGUGAGGUUUCCCUUUUUAUAUAGGUUAUCAUCUAUCGUACUUGCUGCACCAAUCACGCAAGUAAGCGUUGAGAGGUUAUUUUCCUCUGUUAAGUUUGUACUUUCAAACUAUAGGUUAUCUAUGAAGGACGAUGUGAUUGAGGAUUUAUUGUUUAUCCGUAAUACUAGUGUUUUAAGUAAAAAAGAAGCUUAAAGACUGAUAUUUUUUACAUUGUGCUAAUAACUAAGCAAUAAAAUUAUGUACUUAAAUACAAAAUCAACAUGCAGUUUAAGUUCUGUAAAGUCUUCCGACAGCAUCAACCGGAUUCCAAAGUAGGCUUCACGACGAAGUCUAGUUGUAAUUUUGCAACCUAAUAAUAAUAUCGCAUAAUAAUUAACAACGGGUAAUAGUCACUACCCACAAUAGGACGUUGGAACAAAUUUGGUCCAUCAGAUUUCUUACCGACCCGAUCGCACAAGAUGAUACAUUAUUGUGUCGAACAGACUUGGUCUGACAGGCCAGAACUCUUAGACCGUUGCAUCGUGUGUACUCAUCAUAGCUUUCACGUUAUCUCGGAUUUGUAAUACAAUGUUAAAAUAGUAGUAAGUGUUAAUAAAAUCACAAAAUUUUAUUUAAUUCUUAACUGAUGUCAAAAAUUUUAGACUAGAAGCUUUAGCUGUUAAUAAAUAAUUAGUACAC